AUGAAGGGACAGGUGGACCUUAACACCGCAGACGGCAGCGAGAGCCCCGGCGUCCAGGGGGACGCGCACCGCCUUACGGGUAGGAUGCUUUGCGACUUUGGCCGGCCACCCCCUUCGGAGAAAAUGCAGCCUGACGGGAGCAGUGUGGCAAAUGUCUGCAGACUGCGGCUGACCGUGCCUCCCGAGAGUCCCGUUGCUGAGGAAAGUGAGAAGAAGCUUGAAAGAAAAGAGCAACAUCCUGACCCAAGCAAUGGGGAGCCAACCCGGAAACUUCCUCAGGGCGUUGUCUAUGGCGUGGUGCGAAGAUCAGAUCAAAAUCAGCAGAAAGAAAUGGUGGUGUACGGGUGGUCCACCAAUCAGCUGAAAGAAGAGAUGAAUUACAUCAAAGAUGUGAGAGCCACCUUGGAAAAAGUAAGGAAGCGGAUGUACGGAGACUAUGAUGAAAUGAGACAGAAGAUUCGGCAGAUCACCCAGGAGCUGUCAGUUUCGCAGGCGCAGAAGGACUACCUGGAGAAUCACAUCGAAGCACAGUCGUCGGCCCUGGACAGCUUCAAUGCCACGAACUCGGCGCUGGCGUCAGACUCCAUUGACCUGCAGAAAACGCUUGUGGAUGUUACUCUGGAAAAUAGCAGCAUUAAGGAUCAAAUCAGAAACCUGCAGCAGACGUAUGAAGCGUCCAUGGACAAGCUGCGGGAAAAGCAGAGGCAGUUAGAGGCUGCGAAAGUUGAAAACCAGCUGCUGAAAAUGAAGGUGGAGUCCUCCCACGCAGCCAACGCCGAGGUGUUGAGGGAGAUGACCAGGAAGCUGUACGGCCAGUACGAAGACAAGCUGCAGGAGGAGCAGCGGCGGCACAGCGCCGAGAAGCAGGCGCUCCUGGAAGAAACCAAUAGUUUCCUGAAAACGAUUGAAGAAGCCAAUAAGAAGAUGCAGGCGGCAGAGAUCAGCCUGGAGGAGAAAGACCAGAGGAUUGGGGAGCUGGACAGGCUGAUCGAGCGCAUGGAAAAGGAACGCCAUCAGCUGCAACUACAACUCCUAGAGCACGAAACAGAAAUGUCCGGGGAAAUAACAGACUCUGACAACGGAAGGUAUCAGCAGCUGGAGGAGGCGUCGGCCAGCCUCCGGGAACGGAUCCGACAUCUGGAUGACAUGGUGCAUUGCCAGCAGAAGAAGGUCAAGCAGAUGGUUGAGGAGAUUGAAUCAUUAAAGAAAAAGGUGCAGCAGAAGCAGCUCUUAAUAUUGCAGCUUUUGGAAAAGAUAUCUUUCUUAGAAGGAGAGAAUAAUGAAUUACAAAGCAAGUUGGAUUACUUAAUAGAAACCCAGCCCAAGACUGAAGUGGAAACCAGAGAAGUUGGAGUGGGCUGUGAUCUUGUACCCAGCGAAGCACAUCGGACCCGUGAAGUCUCCGCAAUGCCUUCCAGGAACUAUGCCCCAUACGCACGUGUCCUGGAGUUAACCAUGAAGAAAACUCUGACUUAGGCCCUCAGAGACAUGCACUCUUUACAGAUGGACAAAGGCCCUGGGACCCGGCGGCUUGAAGUCUGGAAAGGGUGACUGUUGCUUCUUCGCCUAUGCAGUUUAAGCCAGAAUGGAAAUUGCUGCGGUUCUGAUCCAUUUCAUAAGAUGUGAAGGAAAGUGGAGGCGGAGGGGGAGGGCAGGAGAGAGGUUUACAAGGUCAUAUUUCAAACACCCAACCAGCCUAUUCCGCUGUCCCGGGCCAUUGUUAGUUUUCCAUGUAUACGCUUAAGUCCUGUCAGAAGAAUUCCCUCACAGUCUAUUUUGUUUUACUAGACUUCAGUUGGGAGGAAAAAGGGCAUUCAUUUGAAAUUUCAUGUUAAUCUGGCCAGGACCAUUUGUUACGCAUGAAGGCUUUGUUUACCCGUAAAAGUAUUAGAGGCAGUAUUUCUCUGGAGCAGAGAAGCCUGCCACAAGAGCAUGGGCACGGGGGAACUUGACAGGGGUGGGGGCAGGGGGGUGGAUUGUUCCCAGCACAAGUGCGGGCUCCUCUCGGUGUGUGCAGCGUUGGGGAACCUUGGAGAUGGUCCUCAUGUGGGCAGACACGCUUCCUUCUGACCUGCCGAUCCCUUCGUUCAAUCUGUGCCUUAUGCCUCCGUGGAGCCAGCUGAAAUCACUGUAUUUAUUCAACCUGUGAUUUUUUUUUUUCUUUCUCAUUUUAACUGAAAGAGAAUUUUGUAUGUUGUGGAAAUUUAAUCAUGUCAUGUUUUCAGUAUUGAUUGGUGUUUUUGUUAAACGAAUGAGUAAUUUGUCCAUGCAUGCUCUACUCUGAUAUUAUAAUUACCCGUGUCACAUCUGUUUAAUAAAUGCCAUAUAUUUUGUUCUACUGA